CGGAGCGGUAUUUGAAUGGAGAUCCCACAGUCGUAAAUUGCACAGCAAAGCAUUGGGAACAACACAGUGGUACUUGUACAGUGAAUAUUGUAAGCGCACACUUACAGACGUUGUUUUUAAGAACGAAUUUCCAAGGAUGUCUUUGGCAGUACGCGGAAUUAACCGAAAUGCCCAGAACCCAGCCCCAAUGGGCAAGGCCAUCGCAGACGGAAUCAGGAGGCCUGUGCUUGGCGAAAUUUCCAACUUCGCCAAUAAAGCUGCGCAAGUCAAGAAAAACGCGACCUUGAAGGCUCAGGCCGUGAAGACUUUCAAGUCAGCCUCGCAGCAGCAGACACUGCCAGCGGCUGCGCAGCACAAGCGCGCUCCGGUCCUCCCUGCGAUCGCUGACCCACCACAAGUCGUUCCUCUUCCCACCGAUGUGGCCAUGAAGGAGGAAGAGUUGUGCCAGGCCUUCUCUGACGCGCUUAUCGAUGUAGAAGAUAUCGAUGAAGGCGACGCCGAUAUGCCUCAAUUGUGCUCCGAAUACGUGAAGGAUAUCUAUACAUACCUUCGGAGUCUCGAGGUCCAGCAGUCGAUCCGUCCCAAGUACAUGCAGGGCUAUGAGAUUAACCAGCGCAUGCGUGCCCUCCUAGUGGACUGGCUCAUCCAGGUGCACUCCAGGUUCCAGCUGCUCCAGGAAACUCUGUACAUGACUGUGGCCAUCUUGGAUCGCUUCCUCCAGGUGCAGCCGGUUUCCCGCCGGAAGCUGCAGCUGGUCGGCGUGACCGCCAUGCUCCUUGCUUCCAAAUAUGAGGAAAUGUAUGCCCCGGAGGUGGGCGACUUCGUCUACAUCACUGAUAACGCCUUCACCAAGGCUCAGAUCCGUGAGAUGGAGAUGCUCAUUCUGCGGGUGCUCAACUUCCAGCUCGGGCGCCCCCUGCCCCUGCACUUCCUGAGGAGGGCCUCCAAAGCUGGCAGUGCUGACGCAGAGAAACACACGCUGGCCAAGUACCUGAUGGAGCUGACCCUCAUGGACUACGAGAUGCUACAUUACCACCCCUCUGAAAUAGCUGCUGCUGCCCUCUGCCUUUCCCAGCUUGUGGUCGAUGGACAAAAAUGGUCUGCAACGCAGCAACACUACUCCACCUAUGACGAGGACCACCUCAAGCCCAUCAUGCAGCACAUUGCCAAAAAUGUUGUCUGCGUCAGUGAGGGACGCUCCAAGUAUGUGGCCAUCAAGAACAAGUAUGCUAGUAGCAGGCUGAUGAGGAUCAGUCUCCUCCCCCAGCUCAAGGCUGAUGUGAUCAGGGACAUGGCUGCUCCUCUGCUCUCUCCCUCCUGAGGCCCUGAGGCUGCUCUAACUCCUCACCCCUGCACUUUAUUUUUAAAAUGAGUUUGACUUUCAAUCCGCCUGUGGUGGCCAGCUUUUAAUUUUAUUUUAAUUUUAAGAGUGGCCUUUUAAUGUAAAUAUUCUCAAGUGUUUGUAGCAAUAAACAGGGUUUUUAACUAGUUCUUUGCAAGUUUGUGAAUUUUAAUGUAAUUCUAAAUUAAAUGCUGUUUUGUACUUGAGGCUUAACUGCCUUGAUCAAAUCAGGUAUAUUGCUAUUCUGUUGUAAAUUAUUUCUUGGCUUUGUCCUAUUGCAGUGGAACUUCAAUAAAAUCCAAAGAACUCUGUUCAGUUUGUUUCAA